AUGAAGCGCGAGAAUACACUUUGCAAGUUCGCACAGAGCCCAUGCACAUCCGCCAUCAUUCUCAGGCACAUCACAAAGCUCGGCAUCACCAUCGUACUCGACAGGCGCAGCCAUCCACAUCAGUGCCAGUCGUUCCACCACCUCCAGAGCGGCGGAUUCAUCCUGGUUAACAACCUACACUACGCACUCGGGUCCACUUCGGACGUAUUCACGAUUGCCUACAUGUGCAACGAUAUCGUCAUGCUCAUCAAGUACUUGCGAGAUCCGCUCAACAACUCGGCCGUCGUGCUUUACUUUCUCGGUGGCAGCAGCGUGGUCUUUCUUUGCAACGCUGCCAUCACGUUCAUCAACUCGUUUGCCAGAAAGGUCGUUGUUGAUGUGCUGGUGCAGCACCUGCGCUACUUGCGCUUCACCAAACUGCCUGCAAGCGCUCGUGAUAGCAUUUCGUUGAGCAGCCUGGCAGGAUCUCCUUCCACUGUCGACUCGCAUCGAAUGCGAACAAGCUUUGCCAACCGCUCACGCACCUCGUUCUUUGGCGUACCUUCUGCCAAGUCGAUGGACAUUGAGGCUGGUCAUUUGAACGCCGCGGUCGCCUUGACCUCGCCGCUGAGCCAUGCCAAGUCUCUCGACGCUGGCGAAGCAGCCGACUAUGAGAGCGAUGGCGGCGCAGAAGCAAUCUAUUCUAGAGCUUGGAAAGGUCGAAAGCGGUUUACCAAAACUCGAGAGCAGCUGCAUGCAAGCCUUACUUGCGCAUUCACCGUAGCGCCAGUCCGAGCACGAGAAGCAGACCUGCUCGCCGAGACCGCGCCAGUCACCCGAGAUGCACAGGCCCUCCGGCGAAAUGUACUUUGA